AUGUCCCCCCGAGUAGUGAAUCGGAUGUCUCGCUUCCAAAAAAGUGCUGGCCUCGAGGAGAUCGAACAGGAGAUCAACAGGGCGGCUGCGAUAGGAGGAGGAGCAGGAGGUGUUGGAGGAAGUGGCUGCAUUCUGGGUGGAGGAGGGGGCAUCGGAGGUCGUUGCAGUCCGAUACCUGGCCUGUCCAGCAGCCCUUCUGGGUCUCCAUUGCAUGGCAAACUGAGCAACCAGGAUUCAUACAACAACUUCACCAAUAACAACAUGGGAAAUCCGCGGCUCACCCCACUGCCCAGCCUCACUGUGGUGCUGCCUCUGGCGCAGAUCAAACAGCCCAUGACUCUAGGCACCAUAACCAAACGUACUGGCAAAACUAAGCCACCCCCACAGAUCUCGCCAAGCAAGUCCAGUGGUGGAGAGUUCUGUGUGGCUACCAUCUUUGCCUCAUCUCACUCCUGGUUCAUCACUAACCCCAACAUGAAAAGAGACAAAGAUCAAUCAAGACAGUCAGUGGUUGAUUCACUUUACAUAAUCAGUUGCUAUGGUAACUUGGUGGAGCAUGUCCUGGAGCCUCGGCCAAUUAGCACUGCACAAAAAAUUAAUGAUGACACACCGUUGGAGCUCAGCACCUCUCCAAGGGCCUGCUGGACUCUAGCCAGUGUCAGAGCAAUGAGAACAUGUUGGACUGAUGGGCUCGGGCCAAUGCCGCCAGGAAGUCCAGGGCCAAUCACACGUCAUGAGUCAUCAGACAGCCUUGCAUCAGACCAUAGUGGCCAAGAAGAUGAAGAGUGGCUGUCUCAGGUCGAGAUUGUAACCCAUACAGGGCCCCAUCGGCGCCUAUGGAUGGGCCCUCAGUUUCAAUUCAAGACCAUUCAUCCAUCAGGCCAGACAACAGUCAUCUCCUCCUCGUCCUCAGUGCUCCAGAGCCAGGGUCCUUCUGAUGUGCAGCAACCCCUCUUGGACUUUGACACGGAUGACCUGGACCUGCAUAGUCUAAGAAUCCAGCCCGUUCGUUCAGAGCCGGUCACCAUGCCUGGCUCAUCACGUUUGGUGGCUGAUCGCCGAGGACAGUCCAAUGUUAUGGAUGCUGGAUCAGGUAGGAGGCUUUAUGUUAUACAACAACUGUUCUCUUCAGUGAAAUACUUCUACUAG